CGUGUUGGUGUAGACAAGUAGCUGCUGAUGACAUGAGAGCCUUGGUGUACUUGGUGGAAAUACACUGACGGCCUUGAAAUGGGAAAGAAGAAACAAGCAGGGAAUCUGGGAAAGAGUCUAAUCAGCGAUAGAUUUGGUAAACGCAAAACUGUAUCCCGAGGGACCGAUCGAGAAAACUUUCUACAUACUAGUGAGCUUCAAGAUGGGUAUGAUUGGGGUCGUCUUAAUCUCCAGUCUGUCACAGAACAGAGUAACCUAGAGGAUUUCCUCAGCACAGCAGAACUUGCUGGAACAGAGUUCACUGCAGAGAAGCUGAAUAUAACAUUUGUAGAUAAGAACAAACAUUCAGGAUUAUUAACGACAGAACAGCAACUAGAAGUUGACGAAUUACAACAGAAACAUAGAAAUGUGCUCAAAAUCCCAAGAAGACCUGCGUGGAACAGCACCACAACACCGGAAGAGUUGGAUCGCCAGGAAAAAGAUGCAUUCCUAGAGUGGAGAAGGACAUUAGCAAGCCUACAAGAAGUGGAAGGUAUAGAACUUACGCCAUAUGAGAAAAAUCUUGACUUCUGGCGGCAGCUUUGGAGGGUUAUUGAAAGAAGUGAUUUGGUGGUACAGAUUGUAGAUGCCAGAAACCCGCUGUUAUUUCGUUGUGAAGAUCUAGAAGCUUAUGUCCAGGAGGUAGAUCCAAGCAAGAGAAGUUUAAUCCUUAUUAACAAGGCAGACUACCUCACUGCAUUACAAAGAGACUUGUGGUUCAAGUAUUUCAAAGAAAGAGGAGUUGAAGUGGCAUUCUGGUCAGCUCUGGAGGAGACAGCACGACAAAAUGAGGAGAAAGAAGAGGAAGGUAAAAGUGUAAUGGAUGAAUUGGAAGAAGAAGUUGAUGACAGUGAUGAUUAUGAAGACGAGGAUAUAAAUGAUAAUGAUAAGCAAAGAAAUGAAGUAGGUAAUGAAAUGACGGACAGACUACAAGCAGAUUGUGUUGUGAGUGACGAGAACAUGCAGAAAGAACAUGUAUUGGUUGAAACAGAAAAGGAUAUAGAUACAGUUACUGGUGAUAAUGACAGUAAAACUUCCCAAACACAGCUCAACACUGAUAGAGCUACAACAGACAGUGAACAGGCUGCAGACAAUACACAGGAUGGUGCUAUAGGUGGGGUAGGUGAAGAUAUGGAAUUCUUAACAUAUCCAGAAAGUGGAGGUAAAAUUCUGAAUGGAUUAGAGUUACUGGAAAUGUUCAGAUCUCUGCAUACAGGGAAAAAGUGCCAGGAAGGACAAACAACUAUUGGAAUGGUUGGUUAUCCCAAUGUUGGAAAGAGUUCUAGCAUCAAUGCUAUCCUGAGAAGUAAGAAGGUUCCUGUGUCUGCUACUCCAGGAAGGACAAAACAUUUUCAGACGCUGUAUGUGGACUCUGACCUAAUGCUGUGUGACUGUCCAGGACUUGUCUUCCCUUCGUUUGUUUCUACAAAGGCAGAAUUAGUGGUAAAUGGAAUUCUGCCUAUUGAUCAGAUGCGUGACCAUGUACCUCCUACCUCUCUUGUUUGUCAACUGAUCCCAAAACAAAUACUGGAAGAGACCUACUCCAUUAACCUGCCUGAACCAGCAGAAGGGGAGGACCCAAACCGAUGUCCAACAGCUGGAGAACUCCUCAAUGUUUAUGGAUACAUGCGAGGCUACAUGACCGCCAAUGGACUCCCCGACUGUCCCAGAACAUCAAGAUAUAUCCUGAAGGAUUUUGUCAAUGGAAAGCUUCUCUACUGCAAUCCUCCACCAGAUGUAGAUGUUGAGACAUUCAAGCCGACUCGCACGACCUUUAUCGCAACGAAAAGAGCCCCAGAUAGUACACCACUGUCAGUUCCCAACAGACUGGACAGGGAGUUUUUUGCCAAAGCUGAACCAAAGAUUCAUGCUAAAGGCAGCAGCACUGUGAGAAACUAUGUACGGAUUGAAGGUCUAACACAAGUAGGAGCUGGUGAGUCGAGUCGCACCUCUUCUCCGUAUGGCAGCAUGCAGACUCUGGUGGUGGAAAAACCAUGGAAAAAACAUCACAAUAGAGGAAAAAAGGAGAAACUACGUAAAACCUUCAGUCAUCUUGAUGAUGUGGGAAAAUACUAAAACAAAAGACUGAAAUGGAGAGAGUAAUUAAUGAUGCUGAAAAGAUUGGGCAGUCCGAGUCAUUCACAUAGUAAUCUACUUUUUACCUGGCUGAUGAAGACAGAUUUAUACUUGGCAGUCUUGUAGGGUUGAUGGGUCAAACACCUGUAGUAAGAUUGCUGGUACCAUUUUUUUCUAAAACUGGACCAUUUCUGACACUUUAAAUUCAAAUAUAUUUUUUGUUUUGUAGUCAGUAAAUUUACUUCUAUUUUGCGAUCUAAAUUAAUGAUCAACUUUCUGAUGAUGGCCUUGUGUUAUGUGGCAGCCUUAAUGAGUGCCAAGACCUGGUGGAUAAAGAAUUAACAAUGAUAACAUACAGUGUGUAAUGUGAAAAAUGAAUGUUGUUUAUUGCUGUUGUAAUUUUAAGUCCAUCAGGUCCAAAGACCUGAUAAGCUUAUGCCAUACUGCAGAUAUUCAUUGCAUGUCCAUCCAUUAACUUUUUCUACAAAUUGCUAAUGGUCAUGGACUAUUGAUCAGAUUAUGCCCAAAUUUGGUCUGAAACACUAGGUCUCUGGCCCCUUGGUAAAGAGUGGCAGGGUGCAAAAUGGGAAAUUUCAAUUUUCUAAAAUCCUUUGCUCCUGCAGGAAUGGUUGAAUUUCGCAAAAAACAAUAAUUUGAUCUGAAACAUUUUUGUAUGAAGGUGAAUCAGUUUUGCCCAAGGAGUUGGUCUCUGCCUCCUGAGACAGGAGAGACUGGUCCAAUCGCGGGAAAUAGAGCAGAUUCUGUCACUAUUUGAUAGAAAGCAUGAUUGAUGUGGCUGAUCCAUCUGAGGACAGAGGAGUGG